GUUUGUUUUUUCAUGUCCACUGAGUCGAGCUGGUCUGACAGCAGACAGUACUGCAGGGAUCGUGACGCUGAUCUGGUCAUUAUCAACACUGAAGAGAAGCAGAGGUUCAUAUCUUCAUUAGUCAGUGAGAGAGUGUGGAUUGGUUUGUCUGACACAGAGAACGAGGGCAUCAUGAAAUGGGUGGAUAAUUCAACACUGAAACAAGGGUUUUGGGUCAAAAAUCAGCCAAAUAACCAAAAUGGAAAUCAGAACUGUGUUGAAAUGAAUUAUAAUAGAGGGAAGACAGGAUGGACACCGCUGAACAGCUGGAAUGAUUUUUCAUGCUUAGAGGUGAAGAAAGGGUUUUGUGAGAAACAGGGUUCAUCCCACAUAUAAUUAUAUAUAAUACAU